UAGAUUUCCUGAAUGGGUACCAUAUGAGAGAUUUACAGAUAUAAAAGAAAUAGGCGAAGGUGGAUUUGCCAAAGUGUUUUCUGCAACUUGGAUUGAUGGUGAAUCAAGAUAUGAUAAACAAAGUGAUGGAAGUUGUAAAAAAAGGGAACCUUAUUCUAAAAAAGUUGCUUUGAAAAGGUUAAAUGGAUCACAAAAUAUGUCAGACAAAUAUUUAAAUGAACUUAAAAUACAAUGGAAAGUAACUAAGUUUGGCGGAUUAAACUUUUUUGGAUUAACUAAAGACCUAGAAACUAAAGAAUUUAUGAUGAUUAUACAAUUUGCCGAGGAAGGAAAUUUAAGAAAAAAAAUUGAUUUAUUAUAUUGUUCAUCAAUUGAUUUACGAGAUUUGUAUAGAUCAGGAUAUUUGCAUAAAGAUUUUCAUAGUGGAAAUAUCCUACGAAUUAAUAAUUCUUAUUCUCUCAUUUCAGACUUUGGAUUAUCAGGAUCAGCAAAUGAACAAAAAUCAGAUGAUAAAGUAUAUGGAGUAAUGCCAUAUAUUGCACCAGAAGUCUUAAAUGGUGAACAAUAUACAUCAUCUGCUGAUAUUUAUAGUUUUGGUGUAGUUAUGGCUGAAAUAUCAUCUGGAAAGCCACCUUUUUAUAAUAAAAAUCAUGAUUUAAGUUUAGCAUUAGCCAUAUGUAGUGGACUUAGACCAGAAUUUGGAAAAGGAACUCCUGAAUUUUAUAAGAAAUUAGCUUAUAAAUGUAUGAAUGCUAAUUCAAAUGAAAGACCGACAGCUGGUGAAUUGUACAAUAUAUUUGUUUUUUGGUGUAAUUCUAAUAAAGGUAAGAAAGAUGAAGAAGAAAAUUUUGGUUAUAAGGGAGAAGAAAUAAGAGCAGCAUUUGAAGAAGCAGAUAAAGAAAUACCAAACAUCUCAACUUUGUAUAAAAAGAAUUCAGAUGCUGUAUAUACUAGUAGAGCAUUUACAUUUAGUAAUUUAUUACCAAAACCUGUUAAUUCAUCCAUUAUCACAUCAUAUAUUAAUGAAGAAAAUAAUAAAGAUUGCGACUCUCAACUAGUUGACUUGGAAGUUUCCAAUUCAAUAAAAUUAAGAGAUACUACUGUUGACGAGAAUAGUGAUGAUUAA